AUCUUUAACAAAAGGCUUUAAGUUUUCACAGGAUAGUAAAAAUAUCGCAUGUGAAGUGACUGCGUCCCCCAUCUUCCCUGGCAUUUUUUGAAUUGGCAUUUGUGGCCUUCCUGUGUUCGUUUAUUGCCUUCGGCUUUAUGAAGUGGUUUUUCGACCCAGAAAAGAAGAAAGAAACAAAAUUUAAUCGAGUUGGGCAAAAAUAAAGGUUGUUCCUUUCUUAUGAACAUUUGACUUGGCGGCAAUGUCUGCAACAGCAGCAGCUGGAGCAACACCACACCCCUCCUCCUUCCCUCACUUAUUCUCAAAUUCAAUCAUAAAAUCAAGGCACUCCAUCUCUGUCACCCGUAAUUCAAUAAACCCUAGCUCCCCAAAUACCCCCAAUCCCACUUGGACCGCCUCUGAGAUCGCCGACGCUGUCAAUGGCAGGAUUGUGAAAUGGGGUCCUCCUGGAACCGUUUCUACAGACACCAGAACCCUUCAGCCCAACCAAUGGUUCUUCGCCAUUGCCGGUCUAAACUUCGACGCCCACGAUUUCAUAACCCUGGAAUUAUCCCGUAAUAAAGGCUGUGCCGGAGUUAUCGGCAACCGGGUUUGCGAAAAUUGGGACAAGGGCUUCGUUCAAUUCGAUGGCAAUACUGUAAUUUCAUUGACGAAGAUGGCAAGUUAUGCGAGGAAUAGGUUCCAUGGAGAAGUUGUGGGAGUGACUGGGAGUGUGGGAAAGACCAGCACAAAAUGCAUGGUAGCUUUGGCUCUUCAAAUUCAAAGUUCAAGAGGUUUGGUUCUUCAUGUUCAUCAAAGUCGUGGGAAUUGGAAUAGUGAAAUUGGGGUGGCUCUGUCGCUAAUUGGGGUUCCUGCAGGAACUGGGAUUGUGGUUUUGGAGUUGGGAAUGAGUGGGAAGGGGGAGAUAUUAGAGCUUGCGAGGAUGGCUCGGCCCACUAUCAGGGUCAUUUUAAAUGUGGGCGCUUCCCAUUUUCAAAAUUUCUCCAGUUUAAAGGAGAUAGGCAUGGCCAAGGGGGAGAUUUUGGCCGAAGCAAAGCCCGGGGAUGUUUGUGUUUUGAACGCUGAUGAUCCACUUGUUAUGAGCCUUCCUGUACCACUUGGUGUCAAAAAGGUGCUCUUUGGUCAGAGAGUGGGGUGUGAUGUUCGGUUGGUCGCGUCAGAAAGCACGGACGGAGGUCUUGGAGUUAGAGUUGUCUUACAGAAUCAUCAAGAGAUGGUAGAAUUUGUGAUAGCUAGUCCAGGUCUGCAUUUGGCUCUCAAUGCAUGUGCAGCAGCAGCAGUUGCGACCCUUUUAGGAGUCUCUCUUUCUGAAAUUGGAAAUCGCCUGUCUGCAUUUUCUCCUGUUCACAUGAGGUCGGAGCUUGAAGUCAGUAGAAAUGGAAUCAAAAUAGUGAAUGAUGCUUACAAUGCCAAUCCUGUGAGCACCAAGGCCGCCAUUGACUUACUAGAGAGUAUUGAUAUUGAUUGCGGAGGCAAAAGAAUUGUUGUGCUUGGCGACAUGUUAGAACUUGGUGCAAUUGAGUUGGAGUCUCACAAGAUGAUUCUGAAGUGCUGCUGUUGUAGUGCUCAUAUUGAUUUAGUUGGGCUUGUUGGGAGGAGGUUUUGUGCAGCUGCUAAGAAUCUCAACUUGCUUGAAGACAGAAAUAUUGUGUAUGCUCUUGACUCAGAAACUUUUGCACAAGAAAUUGUAAAGAGGGUUAGUUAUAAUGAUGUUGUUUUGGUAAAGGGUAGUCGAGCAAUGCAAAUGGAGAAAGUUGUAAAUGCAAUUAAAGCAAUGGAAUGUUGAUGAUUGAUUGUCCAGUCAAGUCUAGUCAAUGUUGAUUUGCUGAUUACUGGAAGGCAGGAUGCAAGCACUUAUACAUGGUAAUUAUUUCAUUGUUGCAGCAGGUCAGAUCAGAUCCCUCCAAAAAAAACUCUUAUAUUUCCUAUUUCAAUUUUCAUGGAUGGUUUGGUGA